UUAUUUUUGUUGUUGCAUUUAGCAAAUGUAACUGUGCGAAAAAGUUAUUAAAGUGAAGCAGCAACUCAAUAGAAAGAAAUACAAUCCAUACGAUACGUACUGAUAUACACGUUCGUCUCAGCGAGUGUUCGUGUAUGUGUGAAAAUUAAUAUUUAAAUGUGCAUUGUCUGAGGCCCGUCGCCUUCAGCAAAUACGAGCAAAAACAUCUUUGGGAACAAUGAGAUUAGUAUUGAUAUUGUGCACGCUCUGCGCGGCGCUGUGCUUGGCCAGCGCUUUGGGCCAGCCCGAUGCGCCAACAAAAUCAUCGGCCAGUGGCUAUCCCAAAAAGGUGACCACACUGAAGAAGCGACCGACUAAAACGCCCAGCACCACAGCGAUCACCUCGUCAUCCUCAGCUGGCGCUAGCCCAGCCACAACGAAGCCCAGCAAACCACGCACCAAAUUUGCCAGCGCCAGCACCAGCGCCAGCAAAAAGACUACGACAAAGGCGCCUUCUCUGGCCGCCAGCUUUGGCAAUUUGCCCGCCGAUGAUCUGGAGUUCAUCAAGGAGCUGGACAAACAGUUUAAGCUACACGGCAACAAGAUCAAAAUUAAGGUGGAGCGUGAGAAUACGACCAGCAGCAACGACGGCGGCAGCGGCAAAAACAACAAGCGCACCAUCGAUGGCGAGCUGGGCUAUGGCUAUGCGCAUCAGGGCUACGACUAUACUCCGCCCAAGUAUAUGUUCUAUCCGUACUCGCAGCAUGACAUACCCGCAACGGAAUCGCCCGAUGUCUAUGCCGGCUACUCGCCGGCUGACUAUGAGCAGCCGGGCACGACACAGGCCCAACAGCAACCAAUUCAGCAUCAGCAGGUGACCAGCGUGACCAUUGAACCCUCCUACUCGUACGAGCUGAAGCCACAAACCAGUUACGAGACACAACAGCCGGUGGCUGAACAGCAUGCGCAUGCGGAGCAGCCGCAAAUCGAUUUGCCACAACCGCAUCAUGAGUCCAGCGGGACGGGCGGUGACGUCGCUGGCUACCAGGAACCUGUCAUAGUGCUUAGAAUACCCGGGCCGGCCAAGUAUGCGGCGCACUUGCAAACGCUGCUGCAACAGUAUCUAGAAAUACGCGCCGCCCAAUAUCUGCAGCUACUGCAAGAAGCCGAACAGCGCAAACAGCAUCAAAGCGAGGAGCUUCCACCACAGUCAUAUGAUACGCCCGAGCAGCACGAGCAGGCGCACUAUCAUCCGGAUGUCACCUAUGCCCAUCAGGUGGCCCCGACGCCGCCGCCCAUACAGUACGCGCCCAUUGACGACGUCUAUCAGACCUACAAAGGUCGCCACCAGCAGUCCCAGGCACCGCAAUAUGAGCAGCCAGCUGCUGAAGCCUAUUAUGCGCCCACCGGCUACCAGCAACAGCAGCCGCAGUUCUACUAUGCCCAGCCGCAGCAGCAGACCCAGUACGAAAGCAGCUACCAGCCACAACUCUAUCUGAUUGCCAUGACACCGCAGGCACAAUACGCUGAGCCGUCAGAAGCAGUACACCAUCAGCAGCAUCAGCAGCAGCAACAACAGCAGCCAAUUUAUGUGCCAGAGCAGGAGCCGCCCACAGCACCGGAAGUGGAGCCAGCUGGCCAUGAUCAUGAGCUGCCCAUUACCGAGAACAAUCCGCGACCCACACACACCAAGGUCAUCUUCAAUUCACAGAGCAGCGGCGCCGCCGACUAUGCCUCCAGUAUGUACGACCUGCCCUCCAUUCGGCCCUAUGCGGAGCAUCAGCAUCAGCAACAACACCAGCAGCAGCAGGCGGAGAGUGGCCACACGGAUGUGGCAGCCACACCCGCCGACUACCAGCCAUCUCAUGAGCCCGCCGAGGCCAUGGCCAUCACGCAACCGCCCUACAACUAUCACGCCCACGGGCUGAAGAUGUCACGCCAGCAGCGUCAGGGCAAGCGGGCGGCCAAGGCGGAGCAUGCGGCCGACCAGCAGCUGCAGCAGAUACGCGAAUAUGUCCGGGAGAAGCUCGGCGCCGAAAUGGGCUCGGCGGUGGAGUACAAAACGACGCAGCUGCUGGAGGGUUGAGAGCAGCUGCAACCGCUGAUAUUGUUAAUAUUAUUGUACGUAUGUGCUACCAUCGCUCUCAUUUAUGUUUGUUGUUGUUCAAUGUUGCCUGACAAAAAAAAAAGAAGAAAAUAUCAUUAGUAUUUAUUCUACUGUGGGAAUCAGGAUUGGAAAAGCCACCAAGAGCAACGGCUCCAAGGAUCACUUUUAGGUGCAUUUGUUCCCUUUCCCAAAUUUUCAUUAAACUCGAAUUCAUCUCGUGUUGUUUUACACAUCAUUUUC